AUGAUCAAGACGCAUCUCCCACCAGUUCCAUCACCGACGACCACGUCCUCCGUGGCGCCUAUCCCGACGGUGAUUCCGGGUAAUGAGCCAAUCUUCCAGCAUGUCCAUGGUAUCGGCAAGCGGACCUUAUGGGUGGUCACCGUCGCCAUGGGUAUCUCUUCGCUCGUGUUCUACAUCCUGGCUACGCGAGCACCAAUAUCGAAGCGCCUCUUCCACAUCCUGACCUCCCUAAUCACCACCAUCUCCUUCAUUUCCUACCUAGCCAUGGCCACUGGGGACGGCAUCGCAUGGAGCCAUAUCCAGAUCCACGAGUCGCACAAGCACGUCCCAGACACAAAGCAGGAUGUCUUCCGCCAGGUCUUUUGGUUCCGCUAUGUCAACUGGAUACUCACUUCGCCUCUUAUCCUAAUCAAUUUGGCACUUCUUGGAGGCUUGAGCGGGGCGCACCUUUUGGUGGCUGUUUCUGCGGAUCUCAUCAUGUUCGGCACGGGACUUCUGACAUCAUUCGCAGGCAAUGAUGGUCGUAAAUGGGCUUGGUUCACUAUCAGCGCUAUCGCUUACUUGGUCGUGGUGCACCAGAUCGGAUUCAAUGGCGGACGGGCCGCAGCCAACAAAGAUGCGCAGACGAAACGGUUCUAUGGCUCUAUUGCAGGCACAUCUCUGGUCACUCUGGCGUUGUACCCGAUCAUUCUCGCCGCAUCGACACUCUCGCACCGCAUCAGUCUCGACGCAGAGGUCGUCAUCUGGGCCGUAUUCGAUAUCGUCGCACAGGGUAUAUUCGGAUACUGGCUACUUCUGACACAUGACCGAUCUUCCUCGUCAUUCUCUCUAUACCUCGACGGCUUCUGGUCCCGUGGCGUCGGCCAAGAGGGCGCCAUCCGGGUCGGCGAAGAGGAUGGGGCGUAGUCGAACAGUAAGACCAGUCUUGAACGGUGUUUUACCAGACCUCAUCUGGGGAUCUGAGAACAAUGCUCCAAGAUCAUUAGGGAAUCAUCCCUCGAACCCAUUAUCCGCAAGGAAACAAAAAGGAAGACCCAAAUACUCGCAAAGAAAAUCAAUGAACAGAACGAACUUGAGACCAAAAGCAAAAUACAAAACUGGACACGAGAUCUCGGUGGGCAAAAGCCCAUCGACUGCUUACAUCUAAUGACGCGACAUGUAGGACAGGAUUUCAUAACGAGAUCUAUCUUUACUAUCUAAUAAAUGGAAAUCUGAAUCAUCUCUAUUCUAACCAAAGCAUACUACUGUAUUUAUGUCCAUAAGUAAUUUUAAGCCGGAAUAUGUUCGUAGUGGUGUUGUACAGCUAGUAGUGAGAUUAAGUACGGG